AUGGCAGCCAGCAGCUCUGAGGUCCCUGAAAUGAAGGGGGUAGAAGAUAGUUCCAAGACCCAGAGAGAAGGACCUGACCAUUCUGAAACUGGACUAGGUCCUGCCCAGGUUGUAGCAGAGAUUCCAGACCAGCCAGAGGCCCUUCAGCCAGGCCCAGAUAUCACUGCAGCCCCUGUGGACUCAGGGCCUAAGGCUGAGCUGUCCCCAGAAACCACAGAGACCCCAGUUGAGGCCCCAGAAACAGCCCAGGCCACAGACCUCAGCUUAAACCCAGGAGAAGAAUCCAAGGCCAGCCCCAGCCCCAGCCCCAGCGAGGCAUGCCAAGAACAAGCACCCAAACCAGAUGCGAGCAAAGAAGCUGCAGCAGAGCAGGGGUCCGAGCCGCAGUCUGCAGCCCCUCCUGAGUCAGUCUCAGAGCCUGCUUUCCAGUCAGACCCUCAGCCAGCUCCCCAGCCUCCUCCUAAACUAACCCUUCAGCCAGAGGCCCCCACCCAAGAGGACCCUACCCCUGAGAUCCUGACAGAAAGUAUUGGGGAAAAGCAAGAAAAUGGAGCAGUGGUUCCCCUUCAGGCUGGUGAUGGGGAAGAGGGUCCAGCCCCUGAGCCUCACUCGCCACCCUCAACUAAAACACCACCAGCCAAUGGGGCUCCCCCUCGUGUGCUGCAGAAGCUGGUCGAGGAGGACAGAAUAGGAAGGGCUCAUAGUGGGCACCCAGGAUCUCCACGAGGUAGCCUGAGCCGCCAUCCCAGCUCCCAGCUGGCAGGGCCUGGGGUGGAAGGGGGUGAUGGCACCCAGAAACCCCGGGACUACAUCAUCCUUGCCAUCCUGUCCUGCUUCUGCCCCAUGUGGCCUGUGAACAUUGUGGCCUUCGCUUAUGCUGUCAUGUCCCGGAACAGCCUGCAACAGGGGGACGUGGAUGGGGCUCAACGUCUGGGCCGAGUAGCCAAGCUCCUAAGCAUCGUGGCGCUGGUGGGGGGGGUCCUCAUCAUCAUCGCCUCCUGCGUCAUCAACUUGGGCGGUGAGUGGGGGUCGGGGACAGGAAAGGGAGGAGUGGAAGGGUUGACAAGGGCAGCUUUACUAACCCCUGACCCUGCUCUCUCCUGUCUGUUCUCCCUAUUCCUUUGUCUCUUCCUGUCUCUCCCUGUCUGUCUUUCCGUCUCCUCUCCCACAGUGUAUAAGUGA